AUGUCUAACUACGAAGAGGAGCACAAUAUUUCGCUGGAACAGCAGCUGCAGCAACAGCAACAGCAACAGCUGGGGACAUCUGAGCGCGGGCGAAAUCAUGAAACUUUGAGUAAUAUAAUUGAUGCUUUCAUACAUCGAAGAGGUAACCAGGCUUCUACUACUCCGUCAGAAGUUGAUUUUGUAUCUCCUGACUCACUAGAUGCACUUUCUGCAGCUUUGAAUCAACUUCGUACCAUGGAUAACUCUGAGUUAGCUGAGUCAUUGAUUGAUAUAUUGGGCAAUCAAAGUUCAAAAGAGAAGGGUGUCACGCCAGAGUUUUUAGAUACUUUAAUACGAAUACCGGUAACUAGUAAUUUAGGUGACAACGAUUUUUGUCCGAUUUGUACUAAUAAGUUCAAAGAUGACAAGUACCCCUUGAUUGUGAAAUUGCCAUGCGGUGGAGCCACAAAGCACUAUUUCGACUUGGAAUGUAUUGGGCCGUGGCUAAGUAUGAAUCCAACUUGUCCUAUGUGUAGAACUAAUGUUUUGGAAAUUGAGCAAAAUAGAAGAAAAGCGAUAGAGGAGGAACUUAGAAGGGCUAAAGAAGAGGAUUCUGAAGAGGACCCCGAGGAUGGUUGGGACGUAUACGGGUGA